AGGUGAUCAUGAGACAAAUUGUGCAUUUGAUCAUAUUUAUCCUUUGUCGCCUUGGAACGGCUCAAGUUCAACCUUUGAUUCCGAUUCAUCCGUCAUUGCAAGGCCACCUUUUGCGUAGCAGACGAGAUGAGAUUCUACCCAAUUACCAACCAACGGACUCACUACCAACCUAUAGUGAUAACGGAUAUCCACAAAAGUCAAUGAGUCAUCCGACUUACGUAGAAGUCCACCCUACCCCAAAUCAUGAAAAUGACCUUCCCGCAUAUGAGGCUCAAAAACAUUUCCAGGCUUAUGAGGAAAGGGUGGUGGCAACUGCCGACACAUAUUUAAACUCAUUUGAAGAGACAAGCUCUCACAACCACGACAAUGUGGAGCCCGAAUAUGCCAAAGAACACCCACUGACCACAAAUCAGGAGAUCCUCGGCCUUAGAGGUUAUUCUUCGUACGAAGAGGCGAUCCAUAAUGAACCCAAUUAUCCUGUAGAAGAGAGCCACGAUACUCAUAUUGGUCUCCAAAGCUACUCAGGUGACCAUUUGCAACCACAUACCACGGAAGACCCUUUAUCUUCAACCUAUGAGGAGGCCUUUGAGCUACCGAGCUAUCAUUCGUCGUUAGGAUACGUAGAGGACAUUCAGAAUAUACCCAAUUAUCUUCCUACCGAAGAGAGUCACGAUUCUCAAAGUGAGUUCCCAAGUUACUCCGAAGAGCAUUUGCAAGAAAACUAUCCCAUUGAACAAGCAGAUCAGUUGACUGUUUACAAUCAACCACAUAUUCUGGAGCCCAAUUAUGCUGAACCUUCAUCUUCAACUUAUGAGGAGGCCUUUGAGCUACCGAGCCAAUCUUCGUCUUUAGGAUACGAAGAGGACAUUCAAAAUAUACCCAACUAUCUUCAUGCCGAUGAAACUCACGAUUCUCAUAGCAUUCUCCCAAGUUACUCCAAAGAGCAUUUACAAGAGAUCUAUCCUUUUAAACAGCCAGACCAGUCGACUGUUUACAAUCAACCACAUAAUUCGGAGCCCAGUUAUGCCGAAGAAGACCCUGCAAUCUUGAACUAUGAGAAGGUGAUUGAGCUACGGAGCUAUUCUUCGUCUUUAGGCUAUGAAGAAGACAUUCAAAAUACACCCAAUUACUCUCAUGGCGAAGAGAGUCAUGAUUUUCAAAGUGGUCCUUCUUCUUACUCGAAUGAACAUUCACAAGAAAAUGUUCCCGCUGAACAACCCAGUCAACACAAAUAUCCUGAAAGUGAGUCAGCCCCUGUCCAAUAUCAUGGAACAGAGUACCAAGAAAUUCCAAAGUUACCACUGUAUAACGUAGCUCCAUCCGUGAUCCUGGAACAUGAUCACAAAUAUGGACACUAUAAGCAAUCAAGGGAAACUCUUGCCAGGGAUUUGCAGGAAGUCAACAACAGUCUACAUAAUUACUCUCCGACACCAUCUGAAGAUGAACCCGGACAGAGCCACUAUGAAGUAGGUGAACCCCAGGAAUAUGGAGUAUCAGUUGAGAAUUAUACUCCACAGUACGAACAGAAUCAAGAUUUGCCAAGCUAUGAAACUCGAGGGCAAGAUCCAACAGAACCACAGCACCAUAGAGAGCCAAUCGAUUACCAUGAUAUCAAUGAAGCUCUACCUCUUUACAACGAAAUCGAAUCUGAGGGGCAAGCCAUUCAAAAUCACCACGAUUCUUACAAUGUCGAGGAGUCGCCAAACACCAGCAAUUCUGGAAUGAAUCUCUAUCCUGAAUACCAUUCCGAAGACAAAGGUUCGGAUCGCCCUCAAGAGGACACCAUUUACGAAGAGGAGACACAUUUGUACUAUGAUGAACCAGCUUAUACAGUGCCCGAUGUUCAUGAGGAAAUUGGCGAGGAUCUUUACCAUCAGUUUACUGAUCCAAGUAAUGGGUACAUUAGUCCCCCACAAGUGGUUUAUCAAAAGCCACCGACAUCUUACACCGCUCCGGGAUCCUAUUUGGUUCCGGAGCAGAUCAUGCCAGCAACGGAUUACGUUGCUCCCGGAGAAUAUCCGCAAGCAACUUCGACCACUACUGCCAUGACCACUACAGUCACGACGACUACAACCACAACUACUACUACGACCGUACCUAAGACUACAACCACAAUGCCUACGACUCCAGCUCCAAUUGAAACUGAUAGCCGCGACUCUUUUCAGAAGAUAACCUUGACAUUGGUCCAGUCAUUGACUACGUUGAUUACGAAUGUACUGACCAACCCUCCACCAGUAGCACAAUCUCCAGCUCCCCCAACUGUAAUACCUCCACAAAUAUCUGAGCCGCAAAUAGUAACUGCCGUACCCACUCUGCCUCCCUCACCCAAAACAACAGCCCCUCCACCUACAACAUCCCCUUCGACACCUACAUCAAAGGCUCCUGAACUGGUGACCACGCCAAUGCCGACACCGCUUCCAUCUCAACCUCCCUUUCCUUCCGUGCCGACACCAUCCACACUGCCUCCCAAACUACUCCUUUCAACGCCCCCAUCCCCGCCAAUAACGACUACUCCAGUCCCGGCUCUCCCUCCACCAACCCCAGAGAUGAAAAAGAUGGAAGGUGUGAAGGAGAUCACCAAGGCAUUGGACAAGAUGCCCGUGAAGAUGGGAAAAAUGCCUGGGCAACCGCAGAAAAUGCCCCUCAAAAUAGAAAAAAUACCAGAGAAGAUGGAAAAGAUGCCAGAGAAGAUGGAAAAGAUGCCAGAGAAGAUGAAAAAGAUGCCAGUGAAAAUGGAAAAGAUGCCAGAGAAAAUGGAAGCAAUGGCCAAGAAAAUGGAAGCCAUCCCUAAGAAAAUGGAAGCCAUCCCUAAGAAAAUGGAAGCCAUGCCCAAGAAGAUGGAAAAGAUGCCAGACAAAAUGGAAGUCAUGCCAACAACUGAGGAUAAGAUGCCGGAAAAAAUGAAACAGAUGCCAUUGGAAUCCGAGACUUUGCCCAAAAAUAUGGACAAGAUGCCGCCCAAGGAUAUGGACCCAAUACCAAUGAAAAUGAUGCCUAUGACCGAAACAAUGGACGUCACCACAACCCCCGGUUCCACUUUGGAGCGAGCCGUCAAAGAUCUAGAUGACUUAAUCCAACAAUUGUCCACGCUCGCAGGUUGAGCUAAUCUACCCAAGUUGGUUUUCUUUGAAUUGUGUGUUUGAACUUUUCCCUCUCUACAGCGACGCCAAUUUGUCCAAGCGUAGGCCAUACCUAUCAAACGCGGAAACGUGUAGAUACAUUCAUCUGUUUUGGU